CUGGCGAUUUGUUAUGAAGGCAUUUUGAAGGUUAUGGACAAUUGUUUCCUAGUGUCGCAUUAUCAUUAAAACUAAGUUAUUGAAUUUAUUUUAAAUAUUACUGUGAGAUGGCUUUGUCAUCGUUGGGUCGAGCUGUGCUUGGAAAAGGGCAGUUUGGAUUCAUUGUAGCACCUGCUGUUAACACAUGUCAGACUGUUUGCAACUAUUCCACCCCACCGCCAACACCACCAUUGAAGGAUAAAUAUGGGCCACUCAGUGAUGAAGAUCGAAUUUUUACAAAUCUUUAUGGACGUCAUGACUGGAGACUAAAAGGAGCUCUGAAGAGGGGUGACUGGUACAAAACAAAAGAGAUCAUUCUUAGAGGACCCGACUACAUUUUGAAUGAGGUAAAAACAUCUGGAUUACGAGGACGUGGAGGAGCUGGAUUUCCCUCUGGAAUGAAGUGGAGUUUCAUGAAUAAGCCAUCUGAUGGAAGGCCAAAAUAUUUAGUUGUCAAUGCUGAUGAAGGAGAACCAGGUACAUGCAAGGACCGUGAAAUCAUGAGACAUGACCCUCACAAAUUAAUUGAAGGUUGCCUGGUUGCAGGUAGAGCAAUGGGUGCUCGAGCAGCGUACAUCUAUAUUCGUGGAGAAUUUUACAAUGAAGCCUCAAAUUUGCAAGUCGCCAUCAUGGAGGCCUAUCAAGCAGGUUUAAUUGGUAAAAAUGCAUGUGGAUCCGGCUAUGAUUUUGAUGUCUUUGUGCAUCGAGGUGCUGGUGCUUACAUUUGUGGAGAAGAAACAGCACUGAUUGAGUCUAUUGAGGGCAAACAAGGAAAACCACGUCUGAAGCCCCCUUUCCCAGCUGACAUUGGUGUGUUUGGAUGUCCAACAACUGUGGCUAAUGUUGAAACAGUCGCUGUAUCACCGACAAUUUGCCGUCGUGGAGGAGAGUGGUUCUUAGGACUAGGUCGUCCUCGCAAUUCAGGAACCAAGCUGUUUAAUAUCUCUGGUCAUGUUAACAAUCCAUGCACUGUUGAAGAAGAGAUGUCCAUUCCAUUGAAAGAAUUGAUUCAACGACAUGCAGGCGAUGUUACUGGAGGAUGGGACAACCUGUUGGCUAUCAUCCCAGGUGGAUCAUCAACUCCACUUAUCCCGAAAAGCGUUUGUGAGGAUGUCCUUAUGGAUUUUGACGGGCUUAUCGCUGCGCAAACCAGUUUAGGAACAGCUGCUAUCAUUGUGAUGAACAAGCAAACAGAUAUUGUUAAGGCCAUUGCUCGUUUAAUCAUGUUCUACAAACAUGAGUCAUGUGGUCAGUGCACUCCAUGUCGUGAAGGCAUUAACUGGAUGAACAAAAUCAUUUACAGAAUGGUAGAUGGUAAUGCCCAACCUGCUGAAAUAGAUAUGCUGUGGGAGUUAAGUAAGCAGAUUGAAGGGCACACAAUUUGUGCUUUAGGAGAUGGUGCUGCCUGGCCAGUUCAAGGUUUAAUUCGGCACUUCAGACCAGAAUUGGAAGCAAGAAUGAAGAAAUUCCAUGAAGCACAUGGCGCAGAAAAAGUGGCUGCCAGCAACUAAAUGAUUGACAAAUCUCUUCAGUCGUUUUUCUAUGUGUUAGCUUUCACUAAUAUUAAAUCGAAUACCUGUAAUUUGGAAUGAUGGAAUGAUUGCCAUAUUCUACGCCCUUGAGGAGCAAUUUUAAAAUCUUUCAAAAAGAUGUAUAAAUUGAAAAUCUCAGGAAGGAAAAAUAUAAUUCAAUUGAGUUUACUGCAUUCAACCAGAAAGAAUAUUCAGCUUUUUUUAUUGAUUGAGGGUUGAAAAUUUUACUCUCUAUCAGUAAGUGCACUAGUAUACCAGUUUGUCACAUCUGACAGUAUUCUAUUCUAUCACUUUGUGUGCAUGUGUACAAAAUUACAUCAAAAGUAGAGCUUUCACUGAACAUUUUAGAAGUAGACUAUUUUAAUCUUUGAAUUAUUUCACAUAAGCCAUCAAAUUUUAAGACCUUCAAAAUAUGGCGGUAAUUUAGUGUAUGCAAAAGUCAGUAAGCUCAUUAAGAAAAAAUGUUUGUACAUGCUUUUUAAGUACUCUCUAUUUCAUGUUGUUUCCUUUUAAUUAUUAAAAAGUUAUAAA